UGUACCUGUGUGUUUUGAGAGAAUCGCUCUCGGUAAGUUUUUUUCCCCCGAUUCGUGAUUGAACUACUUUUAUUUUCAGUAUUUUUGCUUGUUGCUACAAGUGAGUGAAAAACUUUUUUAAUUUAUGUUUUUAUAUAUUAUAAUGAUGUCGGCAUUAUAGUUAUUAUUGUUUUAUAAUUGUACAUAAUAUAUUUAUAAAUAAUAUUCUAAAUAUCGUCUAUGCGCGACGCGCGUUGACGAGAGUUUAGAAUUUUAAUCAUCACUCAGCGGACGAGAACGACCCUGAAUCAAACGGAACAAUAUAUAACUGCUGUUUGAUACGAUUACGUCGUUCGUCUCAAAUCAUUAUUCCCAAUCCCGUUUGGAUAACCAGAUUUAAUAUAAUGGCUUCAACAUCAACUUCUGAAAUGAAAAUAGAUAAUGUUCAUGGAGAAAUUGACAUUUGGUCUGUAGGCAAAUGUGUAAUUUGUAAUAAGGAGUUAACUGGCGAGUCAAAAAUGUUGGAAUGUUUGCAUUUUAUUUGUAAAGAUUGCAUAGCAAAGGAGAACUUUGAUUCAGGCGUGAAAUGCAAAUGUCUAACAGUCACAAAAGACCAACUGAUUGACUAUCAUAUUGGAUCAUCAAAUUUAAAUAUCAACAAAGAUCAUAAUCCAAAUGCGCUGAUAACUUAUCCAAUAGUGGAAGAAUUCCCUAUAUGUCCUACUUGUACAAAUACGCAUGCAGAUGUUUACUGUAUUCAAUGUUCAAUUAUGUUGUGUCAAUUCUGUCAUUCAGAAUCCCAUCCACUUCAUAACUAUAAAGUUCUUAAAAAGUAUCCGAAAGAAAUAAAUUCGAAUGUUUUUCUAGAAAACUUCAAAUUGGAAUUGAAUAACAAAAAUCUUGAUAUUUCUAUAAAAGAAACAGAAAAGCAAAUUGAAAAUUUUAAAAUUCAAAAAACAGCUAUUUAUGAAGAAAUUGAUAAAGAAACAGAAAAAUUACAUAAUGAAAUAAAUAAACGCGCAUUUGAGCUGAAAUAUUUAGUUGACAAUUGUUUUUUAGACACAGUUGGUGAAACUUACAAAAAUAUACAAACAUUUAAGGAUUUACAAAACAAAAAUAAAUAUUAUACUGAAAUUACAAAAUCGGUAUUGAACGACAACAAUCUAUCUGACAUUUUAAAUGUUUCAAGGGUUGUAUUACCUAAGCUAAAAAAUAUUAACAAUAAUAUCAUAAAUAUAUCAGAGGUGACAUCAAAGAGAGAAAUUGAUUUGAAAAAUAAUUUUGAAGAAACUAUGAACAAUUGCAUUUCGACUAUCAAAGAACUUGGAAAUAUAAUUACAUCACCAGUUUUCAGUUUAUCAAAAACAAAAAAUAUAAAUACAUCGAAAAAUGUUGGCCAAACUUUAGUAAAUCUGCAGAUACUGUCCAAAAAACCAAAAAUGAAAUUUCCAUUUCAAUAUACAGAGGAAGAAUUUAAAACUAAUAGUUAUUUCAAUAAUAUGGAUAUUGAAAAUAUGGACCGCAAACCAAUUGAACCAUGGUUUGAUUUAGAAUGUGUUUGUUGUUUUCAAUUAGGUGAAAAAUUAAUUAAAUGCGAUAACUGCAAUAGGAGUUAUCAUCAUCAUUGCCAUGUACCUACGCCUCCUGAUGAGAUGCCUAUUGAGGAGUUAGAUUAUCCAUUACUGUCAUUUCCGAAAUAUUGGAAAUGUACAAUGUGUAAAAGUUUAAAAUUUACCUUUCCCGCGGAUUUGGAACUUCAGGAAUUAAACUUUUCUGGUGUUUUAAUUGGUGAACCUGGACGUAUGAUUAUUGAGCGUAUAUUAAUGGAACUUUUGUGUGAAAGUUAUAAUAGUAUUUAUUUUAGAGAAUGUCCUUGUAAGAAAGUAUAUGCAACAUUUUACGAGAAGAUUUCUAAUCCAAUAUCUUUGAAUAUAAUUAAGAACCGUUUAGAAUCGAAUACAUAUUAUACAACACUCGCUCACGUUAUUGAUGAUUUAAAACAAGUUUUUUUAGAUGCAAUGAUGUUUUUCCAUCCUACUGAUGGUUAUUAUACUUCAGCCAAUCUCCUUUUACAUUCAUUAAAUACAUUGAUCUCCAAAUGGAUACCAGACUUCGAUGCUGAAAAAAAAUUGAUGUUGUAUACAUAAUUAAAUUGGAAUUAAAUGAUUUAAUAAAAGUGAAAACACUAAUGUGAUUGUACUGGUAUUUCAAUUUUUAAGUUGUGAUAAGUUAUAACACAAAUUAACUUUAAUAUUAUAUCAUAAAUAUAUUAAUAUUUGAUUAAAAUCAAAUUGAGUGCCAAAUGUAUUGUUUACUAAAUUAGGUAGAUUUUUUUUUUUGUUAGAGGAAACAUUUCACUAAACUUUUCUUUCAAUAUAAUACAAAAUUAUUCUUUAU